UACUGACUUAGAUCAAAUUCUUUUUAAAGUUUUGCCUCAAUGACCUUUUUAGAAUAUUACAUUAUUAAAGAUCCAUAAUAUGCAUUAAAUGUGUCUGAUCCAUAUUUCUCUUCUUCAUUAUUCUUAUUAUGAAUAUUGUUGGUUUACUUUAGCAUAUUCAAUAAGCUUUUAACUAAAACCUUUAGUCUAAUGUUGCCUAAAGAUGUUCCUUUGACUUCAUAUGAUCCUUUUCCCAUUUCUGUAUUUUUACACUAGAUUUUAUGACUUUCUAUUGUAUUCAUUUUUAUAACUUUGUAAAGAUAAUAAUAAAGUCAUCUUGGAAAUCAAUAAUCAACCCAUUAAAUAAAACUAUGAAAUAGUGUCACAAUGUAGCAAGAAUACGGUUCAUUAACAUGUUCUGAUUUGCAUUAUAUGCAAAUCCCUCUGUUUCAUUAAGUAGUUGGAUAGCCUUACUGGCUUCACAUGUCAGCUCUCUACAGGCGAAGAAGACGACACCAGAACGGAGAGAGCAAAGAUGAAAGAUGGACUUACAAACUUAUGCCAUACUAAAUGGGCCCCUCGCUGUUCUUAACAUGGUGACUAUUGCAUUUUACAUUUUUUGCAUGGUCCGUCCACUCCACGGAGAAAAGAUCAAGCAGCCUCUGAAGCUUCUCCUGUGGACUUUGAUUGGCUCUACAAUAAUAUACAUUUGGUCAGGUGUUGCAGACGGCUUUUCUCAAAUGUCAGGUCUCAACUUCACGAUGAUGUUCUGGUCUGAUCUGCUGAUGAUCUGCAGUGUUUCCACCAGCAUGACCUCCUCAGUCUGGCUGAACUUCUUCUACUGCAGCCAGAUUGUACCUGCACACAGUGCUCUCUUCACCUGGAUUAAGAAGAAUGUCAAAUCCAUCAUCUAUGUCUUUUGGAUCACUGAAAGGAUUUACACUCUGCUUGAGAUUACUUCCAUGCUUUUAAUCUUUACUGAUUUUGAUGCAUUUUUAAGCAGCAACAAUUUCACAAUGGUUGAUGACAUGCCUGAGAAAGAUUUCUGGAAAGGGUUUAAAGAAAAUAUGUUUUUGAUUGUGUUUUCCACCAUGAAGACCCACUUUGUUUUCUGCCUGUGUGUUAUGGUGAUGUCUAGUGGCUCAACUGUUCUCUACCUGUGUGGACACAUGCGUCGCAUGGCAGCAAACGGACAACUUGUGUCCAGUCCCAGGUUUAGGAAUCAGGUGAGAGUCACUGUCACCGGCCUCCUGCAGGGAGCUCUGUAUGUUUUCUCUGCUUCUUGGAUUAUUUAUGGUACUUUUCCUCAAAAUGCUAAUAUAAACAUCCGUUUUACAACAGUCGAUUCCACUGUGAUCAUGGUGUACAUGACAGCCACUCUUUUCAACCUGGGAGCUGGUCAGGCUGUAUUCAGGCAGCGAGCAGCACACAUCUGGCUCAGAGGAGCUCAGUGCUUCAAAGCACCUCAAGUACAACAGACUGAUCAAGGAGCAUGAUACUGAAGCUCCAACCAGAGGACCAGGGCUCUGCUGAGAGGAACCAAACACACGCACGAAUCUACAUGGAGGCAAACUGCACCCGACGCUUGGAAUAUUAUUGUAGGCGGUCAGAGCUACUUACACGUUUUGUUAGAAUAUGCAUCUAUUCAUUCAAGUAUUUAAACAGUUAAACAACUCCUUAACUUUAAAAAAGGAUAUCGUUAUGUUAUAUAUUUGAAUUUCUGAAAUAAUUCUUUCUAUUUCUGCUUUUUGUUUGCGUUAAAUCCGAUUUAAUUAGCUUCAAAAGAUGUAACUGAUGUAUUCAAAAAGAAUAUGUAUAAUGAAAUGUAUAUGUUCAAUCAUAAAAAUUAAAGAUAAUAAAAAAUUAAUAAAAAAGAUACGUUUCAGACAUCCUUCCCUUUAAAAAAAAAGCUGAGUGACUGUAGAAAAGAAGGGUCAACGAUCCCAAAUGCUACCUUCAUGAUCCGUCGAAAAUAUUAAAAGACUCAAAAUACAUUAACGACCUAAUGUAUGCAUUAAAAUGGCUGGAUUGU